AUGGCAGGCAGGCUCAAGAUCAAGUUAGUCCAAUCCACUCCUUACUAUGCUCAAGCAAAUGGACAGGCAGAAUCAAGCAACAAGGUGAUCAUUAAUAUCAUCAAGAAAAUGCUCGAGGAGAAUCCAAGGCAGUGGAAUGAAAAACUGUCAGAAACCUUAUGGGCUUACAGGACUUCAAAGAGAGAGGCAACUGCCAUGACUCCAUAUGCUCUAACCUAUAGACAUGGCGCAAUUCUACUCAUGGAAAUCACAGUUCAAUCCAUCAGAAUUGUCGAGCAGCAUAACUUAGUCGGAGAAGACUAUUCACAAGCAAUGUUGCUAGAAUUGGAAGGACUGGACACAAGAAGAAUUAAUACCUUCAACAAGCUCCUAGCAGGAAAAGAGGUUGUGGCAAGAGCCUAUAAUAAGAGAGUUAAGAACAAGAGUUUUGAAGAGGGAGAAAUUGUUUGGAAAGCAGUUCUGCCCCUUGGAUCCCACGUGAUUGGUUAUGGAAAAUGGUCACCCACAUGGGAAGGCCCUUUUAUAAUUAAACAAGUCCUUGGAUUAGGGGCAUACAUGCUAUAA